AUGAACAGAGCAGAUUCACCAAAACCACCAGUUGCUCCCAAGCCAAAGACUGCCAGUCCCCUCACACCAGUGACAGCACCCAAAUUCCCUUCAUCACCCCGGCCCGAUAGCCUUCCCAGUCCCAACUCCAUGUCUAGGGGGCCGAAACCCCCCAUUGCCCCUAAGCCCAGGCUGGCGACCCCCAGUGAGUGGAGAGCCAGCGUGUACGUGAUCAACAGCUUGAACAAAUGCAGCAACGGGAAGGUGCUCUGUGUUGACAGGGGACCUUACGAAGAGCGCCAGUCCAACUUGGAGUGCUCGGAGUCUGAGGCUGACGAGGAUUACAUUGUGGUCCCCAGGGCUCCGCCGAAAGAGGACGAACCCAGGGACAGCAGCUGCUCUGCAGAGAGUGCUGCCAUGGCGCCUCCAGAUGCCACGGGGGAAGAGGAGUGCAGGGAGGAAGGCGAGGAGAGUGACCCAGAGGGGCUGGGAGCUGCUCCAGCUGAAGUGGUGCUGAGUAGAGAGGCUGACGGAGGUGGGGCCCCCACUCCUGAGAACGUGGAGGCAGAGGAUGGUGCCUGUGACCCUGGGGCAGAGGAGCAGACAUUGACAAGUGAGGAGGAAGAGAAGCGAGUGGAAGAGCACAACAUAUACAACCUGGAGGACAGGGGACCUUGGGAUGGAGAGGCAGUCCUCCCAAGCGAUGACGUCAUUCUCACUCACGUUGAUUUAGAGGGUCCGGAAACUCCCAGCGAGGAGCCUGGGCCCCCUGGGACACCCAGGGAGGCAGAGGAGGGUGGUGGGGAAGGCUCCACCAACACAGAACCUGGGGCUCCAGAAGAAUGUGUGGAUUCCGACAGGCCCUCUGACGGGGAUGCUGACGAUGCCAGCAAGGAACCCACAGAGAAUGAGGACUUGGCUGUGGGUGUCCAGGAGGCGGAGACAACCACUGAUAGCCCUGAAAUCUCUGAGGAGUGUGAGUGUGAAGAUGACCAUGAUGACCAGGAUGAACCACAGGACCAAAAUGAGAAAACUGGCCAAGAAGAAAUGGCAGCCGUCACCCAGGAGGUGGGAGAAGACCCCCGAGAAGGCAGAGACCUGGUGCAGGACGAACCUGCUGAGGAGAGCUGCCAGAUCAUUCCUUUCGAGAGUGACAGUGUGGAUGACUUUGUGACGUCACUCUCGGGAAGUCCCUACGAGUUCUUUCCGACCGAGAGCACCUCUUUCUGUAGCGAGAGCUGCUCUUCUUUUUCCAAGUCAGCAAAAGGCUUAGAGUCCAAGCAGGAACCACAGUCAGGAGAAUGUGCAGAGCAGGGCCCCGUUGUUGGAGCUUCCUGUGUCUCUGGGGAGGGCCCCUCUGUCCCUGAGGUAGUGGUUAUGCCAGAGGAUGAGGACGCCGGGGACGAUGCACUCACCAACCCCUAUGAGAUGGGAGUUGACCUGGAGCAUGAGGCUGACCCUGGGGAAGGAGAGAAGCCGGAGACACAGGCUGCAUGUGACACGCUGAGUGGUUAUGGCAUGAAAGAAGAAAUGAACUCUGAUGCUGAGGGAGGCCUGGUCCCCCUCGACAGGAAGAACAUCAUCACGAGGGCCAGGCCCCACUCUGGGAAGGUGGCCGGCUAUGUCCCAGAAACCGUCCCAGAAGAAACCGGACCAGAAGCUGGCUCAUCAGCCAUUGGCAUUAGAGGUGCCACCAAGGAGGCGAGAAAGACAGUUCUGUCAUUGGAGGGGAAACCGCUGGAAGCCAGCAGGGCCUUGCCAGCAAAGCCCAGAGCCUUCACUUUGUACCCCCGAUCGUUCUCCGUGGAAGGCCGAGAGAUUCCGGUCUCCUUGUACCGGGAGUCGGAGGCAUCUGGCUUGGACGACCAGAGGAUCAAAAGGAAAGAUGACAACCUUUCUCUGCCCUGUGUGAUCGGCUCCUCUGGGAGCUUCUCCCAGAGGAACCAUCUCCCAUCCAGUGGCACCUCAACACCCUCUUCUGUGGUUGACAUCCCGCCCCCUUUCGACCUGGCCUGCAUCACCAAAAAGCCCAUCACAAAGAGCUCUCCCUCCCUGCUGAUCGAGAGUGAGCCCCCAGACAAGUAUACCAAGAAGAAGAAGUCAUCCUUCAAGCGGUUCCUGGCGCUUACGUUUAAAAAGAAGUCCGAGAACAAAGUGCAUGUGGAUGUCAAUGUGUCGUCUUCCAGGUCCUCUUCAGAAUCCAGCUACCAUGGGCCUGCCAGACUUCUGGAAAUCGACCGCAGGAGCCUCAGCAACUCCCCGCAGCUUAAGGCUCGGACUGGCAAGCUCCGGGCUUCCGAAUCGCCCUCCUCCCUCAUCUUCUACAGGGAUGGCAAGAGGAAAGGUGUCCCCUUCAGCAGGACCGUGUCGAGAGUGGAGUCCUUCGAAGACCGCUCUCGGCCCCCCUUUCUGCCCUUGCCCCUGACCAAGCCGCGGUCCAUCUCGUUCCCUAACGCCGACACUUCAGACUAUGAGAACAUUCCAGCCAUGAACUCGGACUAUGAAAAUAUCCAGAUUCCGCCCCGGAGGCCUGCGAGGGCUGGGACAUUUACGAAGCUGUUUGAAGAUCAGAGCAGAGCCCUGUCCACAGCAAAUGAAAACGACGGCUACGUGGACAUGAGCAGCUUCAACGCCUUUGAGAGCAAACAGCAGAGUGCAGACCAAGAUGCAGAAAGCGCCUACACAGAGCCCUAUAAGGUCUGUCCCAUCUCGGCAGCGGCCCCCAAAGAGGACCUCUCAUCGGAUGAAGAGCAGGGAAGCUCAGAGGAGGAGGACAGUGCUCCAAGAGACCCCAGCCUCACCCACAAGGUAGAAGGACAGUCCAGAGCCCAUGUCAUCGCACAGGAACUGCUGUCUUCAGAGAAAGCAUACGUGGAGAUGCUUCAGCACUUACAUCUGGAUUUCCACGGAGCUGUCAUGAGGGCCUUGGAUGAAAUAGACCACGAGAGCAAGGACACAUUGGCCAGGGAGGAGCUGAGGCGCGGCCUGAGUGAACUCCCAGCCAUCCGAGACCUUCACCAGGGGAUCCUGGAGGAGCUGAGGGAGAGGCUAUUGCACUGGGAGGACCAGCAGAAGGUGGCCGAUGUCUUCCUGGCCCGGGAGCAGGAGUUUGAUCACCAUGCUGCUCACAUCCUGCAGUUCGACAGGUGUCUGAGUCUACUCAGUGAGAACUGCCUGCAUUCCCCCCGGCUGGCAGCUGCUGUCCGUGAGUUUGAGCAGAGUCAGCAAGGAGGUGGCCAGAACGUGAAGCACCGGCUGCUGCGGGUGGUUCAGCGCCUCUUCCAGUACCAAGUGCUCCUCACAGACUAUUUAAACAACCUUUGUCCGGACUCAGCUGAGUACGAUAACACACAGGGUGCACUGACCCUCAUCUCCAAAGUCACAGACCGCGCCAAUGACAGCAUGGAGCAAGGGGAAAACCUGCAGAAGCUGGUCCACAUUGAGCACAGUGUUCGAGGCCAAGGGGAUCUCCUCCAGCCAGGAAGGGAGUUUCUGAAGGAAGGGACACUGAUGAAAGUAACAGGGAAAAGCAGACGGCCCCGGCACCUGUUCCUGAUGAGUGAUGUGCUCCUAUACACGUAUCCCCAGAAAGAUGGGAAGUACCGGCUGAAGAACACGUUGUCAAUGGCCAGCAUGAAGGUCAGCCGCCCCGUGAUGGAGAAAGUGCCCUAUGCCCUAAAGAUUGAGACUUCCCAGUCCUGCCUGACUCUAUCUGCCAGCUCCUGUGCUGAGCGAGAUGAGUGGCACAGCUGUCUGAGUAGAGCCCUCCCUGAGGAUUACAAGGCCCAGGCUCUGGCUGCCUUUCACCACAGCGUGGAGAUACGGGAGAGGCUGGGGGUCAGCUUGGGGGAGAGGCCCCCCACCCUGGUGCCUGUCACACAUGUUAUGAUGUGCAUGAACUGUGGCUGUGACUUCUCCCUCACCCUGAGGCGUCAUCACUGCCACGCCUGUGGCAAGAUCGUGUGCCGGAAUUGUUCGAGAAACAAGUACCCCCUGAAGUACCUCAAGGACCGGAUGGCCAAGGUCUGUGAUGGCUGCUAUGGGGAGCUGAAGAAGAGGGGCGGGGAUGUCCCAGGCAUGAUGAGAGAGCGGCCCGUGAGCAUGAGCUUUCCCCUGUCCUCCCCACGCUUCUCGAGCAGUGCCUUCUCGUCCGUCUUCCACAGCAUCAACCCCUCAACCUUCAAGAAGCAGAAGAAAGUUCCUUCAGCCCUGACUGAGGUGGCCGCCUCCGGAGAGGGCUCUGCCAUCAGUGGCUAUCUCAACCGGUGCAAGAAAGGCAAGAGGCACUGGAAGAAGCUCUGGUUCGUCAUCAAAGGCAAAGUGCUCUACACCUAUAUGGCCAGUGAGGACACAGUGGCCAUGGAGAGUAUGCCCCUGCUCGGUUUCACCAUUGCCCCAGAAAAGGAAGAGGGCAGCAGUGAAGUAGGACCUAUUUUUCACCUCUACCACAAGAAAACCCUAUUUUAUAGCUUCAAAGCAGAGGAUACCAAUUCAGCUCAGAGGUGGAUCAAGGCCAUGGAAGAUGCAAGUGUGUUAUAG